AUGUCGUCCUCGGAUCCCUCUGCGACACAGCCAUGGCGCUCACGAGCCCAGGGACUUCUCGAGCCGGCGGAGCGGCCGCUCGGCUACCUAACUCGCGCUCUCAGAGCUGCCGCAUAUCCCAUUUGGGGUAUCUACUACUUCAUCCGACAUCCUGAGUUCUACCCGCUGUUUGCUGGUCGAUUGAUUCCUCUAUCGAUAAUGUCCUUCCUCGUAUACUUUAUGCUUUUUACCUUUGCCUUUCUCCCGCAGUUUGCAUUCCUCGCCAUCUUCCAUGGAUGGUCAGCGUGGUUCAAUGCUGUGGUCCUCGUGCUAGGCGAGGGACUUGUUAUAAUACAGGCUCUUUUUGAAGGGUUCUUUGUUGACGAGUGCAGAGUCGACGUGUUUGAUGCGACCCUCAUCAACCACGGACUGAUAGACCUCAUUGCGCCACACCGACUUCUCUUCCCCGAUGCUCCCAACUCGGUAAAAAUGCUCGGGAAGCCCACAACCGCAGCAGCCUACUCCCCUUGGAGCUUGACCCAAAUCAUCGAGCUCAUUGUCUUCCUACCUCUCAACCUCGUCCCUGUCGUGGGCGUUCCGGCCUUUAUAAUGAUCACAGGCACGCGCCUGGGCAAGUUGUGUCACUAUAGGUGGUACAAACUACGUGGUUUGAGCAGGCGACAAUAUAAGGAAGAGAACGCUAGUAGGACAUGGGAGUAUGUCUGGUUCGGAACGGUAGCCAUGAUAUUGGAACUGGUCCCAGUGCUGUCGCUUUUCUUCUUGCUCACAUCUACUGCCGGCUCGGCAUUGUGGGUUGUACGGCUUGAGUCUGAGAAACGGAGACCCUUGAACCCUGAGGAGCCUGUUAGGAGGGCUGAGGCUGUUACUUAUGAAGACGACCCUGUCUAA